UGCGAGCGAAGGACUGAGAUCUGGGACUGUGAGCUGUUUGUUGACCUCCCGAGUGUUGAUUGCACUUUGGUAGUCCAGGCUGAGACGGGCUAGGAUGAGGCAGGUGCUGCAGUUUGUGGCUUUCUUCAUUUCCCUGGUUUCUGCCUGCUUUCUUAUAGUGGCCACAUGGACAGACUGCUGGAUGGUGAACGCAGAUGAUAGUUUGGAGGUGAGCCAGAAAUGCCGAGGGCUCUGGUGGGAAUGUGUCACAAGUACAGUAGAUGGGAUUCGAACAUGCGAUGACUACGAUUCAAUUCUGUCUGACCUUCCCUUGAAGUUGGUGAUGACACGGGCUCUGAUGAUCACUGCGGAUAUCUUGGCUGGAUUCGCCUUCAUCAUCCUUAUCCUUGGGCUGGACUGCACCAAAUUCCUCAAGGAUAAUCCAGCCAUUAAACUGAGAAUUUGUUUUAUUGCAGGAAUUACCUUGCUGAUAGGAGGGAUUCCAGGGAUGAUUGGUUCGGUUUGGUACGCUGUUGACGUGUAUGUGGAGCGAACCACCUUGGUCAUUCAGAACAUCUUCCUGGGCAUCCAGUAUCAGUGGGGCUGGUCUUGCUGGCUGGGCAUGGCUGGAUCAAUGGGCUGCUUCCUCUCAGGGUCUGUCCUUGCCUGCUGCAUCUACCCUUUUAAAGGUGGGAAGCUCUCCAUUGUCUUUAUCAAUGUAAUGUUAUUCCGCCCUCAUGUGAAGGCACCUCCGCUCUGUCCAUUCUCCGUGAGUUAUUUAGCCCGGGGAAUUCAGAGUUGA